AUGCGCCCCGCCCAUGCGCCCCGCCCAUGCGCCCCGCCCAUGCGCGCCGCCCAUGCGCGCCGCCCACGCGCCCCUUGCGCAGGUCUGCUGGACGCCGCGCUGCUGCAUCUCAUCGUCGCCGCCGCCGCGCCUCUCCUCCCCCGCCUCCCCUCGCCCGCCACCCUCACCCUCACCCCCCGCCCUGCCAACCCUUCUCCCCUCAUGGCUACGGCGCUCGCCCCACCCGCCCUCGCGCUCGCCCGCCUGCUGCUGCUGCUCGCCGCCACAGCCACCGCCACAUCCUCGUCCUCCUCGCUCCUCCCCCUCCUCCUCCUUACGCGCGCCCCCUCGUCCCUCCCAGCCUUCUGGGCGCGCGCCCUGCGCCUGCUGCUGGCGGACCUCGUGGCGCUGCUGCUCGGCGCGCUGCUGCUGGCCCUGGCGCACACGCCUGCUGCGCCACACGCGCACAUGCAAGGGGAAGGGGAGGCGGGGCAGGCGUGGGGGAAGGAGAGCACGAUGGGAGAGGAGCAGGCUGGAGCGAGCAAGGCAAGGGAGGGGGAAAACAAUGGGGUUGCAGAUGGCAGCGAGGCUAUGGGGGAGGGAGGUAGUGGGAAGGGCAGUGGGGAGAGCAAUGGGGAAGGGGGAUGGGCGGAGGGGGUGUACGCUAAGGAGGGGGCGGCACAUGGCAGGUGUGGGGGAGGCGUGGCGGCGAGCAGUGGGGGUGGCGGAGCAUGGGGUGUGGCAGUGCUGUGCGGCGUGGUGGCGGGCAGCUGUGGCGCUCUCCUCUCAGGCGCCUUCUCCGCCUCCCAUGCCGCUCCCCUUGCAGCCCUGCUCGCUCCCACCCUCCUGUGCUGCGCUGCCCACUCGCCACGCUACCCUACAGCUGCAGCUCUUCCUGCUCGCCCUCCUGCUGCUAACCCACCUGCUUCUGCCGCUCUCAACCGCCCUCCGCCCGCCCUGCAUCACCUGCUGCCACACCGACGCGUGAGUUGUUUGUCGGCGGAGCAAGUGGAGCGGGCGGCGUGGGCGCGACGGGUAGCAGCACUGGAGGGGCAGGUGGCUGUGCUGGAGGGCGAGGUGCAGCGGGAGCGCAAGGCAGCGCGCGCGGCAGGGGAGGCGGUUGAGGCGGCGGUGGAGGCGAAGGUGCAGUUCAUGGCGAACAUGAGCCAUGAGAUCCGCACACCCAUCCACGGCAUCCUUGGCAUGACCGACCUCGCACUCGACUCCCCCCUGCCCCCCGACGCCAGGGAACACCUUGAAACCGUCCUGCAGUCCGCCAACCACCUGCUGCUGGUGGUGAACGACAUUCUGGAUAUCACCAAGCUGGAGGCGGGGCGCCUGCAGCUGGACGCCGCCCUCUUCGACCUGCGCGCCCUCCUCAACGGCAUCAUGACAAUGCUCGCUGCCCGCGCCGCCCUCAAGGGCCUGGCCUUCCACUGGGAGGUGGAUGCGGCUGUGCCGCCCGUGCUGGUGGGAGAUGCCGUGCGCCUGCGACAGUGCCUGGUGAAUCUAGUGGGCAACGCCAUCAAGUUCACGGACCACGGCAAGGUGCACAUCACCGUGCACCCCUUCCACCCCUCCCUCCUCCCAGCAACCCUCUCCCUCAUACCGCUGUCCUCCUCCCACUCCUCUCCCUCCUCCUCCACCAUGUUUCCACCACAAGCGCUCACACCGCCCGCUCACUUGUCGCCCUGCAAUUCCACCGCCACCACCACCGCGCUCUCGUCUUGUGCUGCGUCUGCCUGCGCCACCGGCCUACCCCCUUCGCCUUCCGCCUCUUCUGUCCCUCAUGGCCCUUCUCCUGCGCGGGGCGACGCGGAUAAUGGGGGCCAUGGGAGCAAUGGGGGCCAUGGGAGCAAUGGGGGCCAUGGGAGCAACCGGGGUGAUGGGAGCAACCGGGGUGAUGGGAGCAACCGGGGUGAUGGGAGCAACCGGGGUGAUGGGAGGGGGUCAGAGGGAGCAGCAGCGCAGGGGGGAGAGGGAGUGGCGCUGCUCUUCACCAUCACUGACACGGGCGUUGGCAUAGCUGUGGGCGAGCAGAGGCGCAUCUUCCACGCGUUUGAGCAGGUGGACUCGUCCAUGUCCCGCCAGCACGGCGGCACGGGGCUCGGCCUCUCCAUCACCUCCCGGCUCGUUCACAUGAUGGGCGGCAGCAUUUGGCUGCACUCAUCUCCUGGAGCCGGCAGCACCUUUGCCUUCUCUGCCACCUUUGCUGCGCCGCCCCUCUCCCCCUCCACCCCCCAUGCUGCCCUCCCCCCGGCCCCCCGGCGCACGGUGAGUGCGGAGGAGCUGGACCGCCGCCUGGCCCUGGACGCCCUCUCGCUCUCCCUGCUGCCCUCCCUCGUCCUCCACCGCUCCUCCUCCCGCGCCCUGCCUCCCCCCCUCUCCCCCUCCGCCGCCUCCUCUGCUGCCAGCACUGCGGCACCUCUCUCUGCCCGCUCGCCUGCUGCGGCCCGCGUGGGCUUCAGCUUCCCAGGGCAGGCAGAUGCCGCCGUGGACGCUGCAGCAGGCGGGGCAGGGGAGCAGGGCGCACCAGGGAGGGGUGCAGCGGCAGAGCGAGGUGGACGCGAGGGUGUGGGCAUGAGCACAGACACAGCAGGGGGUGUGGGUGGCAGGGGUGCAGUGCAGGCGGUGAGACGGGGCGAGGGCAGGGAAGGGCGCAGCCGGCGGCGAACACAGAGCUUCACAUGUGGGGAUGCGAGCACAGGGCGCAUGCUGGAGGAGGUGCUCAAGCAGGCGAGCACGGAGCAGCACCCAGGCCAGCUGUCCUCCAGCAGACUCGGUGCUGCUAGUCCCCAUGCCCAUGCCACCGCUGCCCUUGCAGCCACCUCUGCACUGCCACAGCAGCAGCAGCAGCAGCAGCAGCAGGUUGAGGAGAGGAAGCAGCAGGGGCGUGAGGCAGUGGGGCAGCUGGAGAGGAGCAGCAGCGAGGGCUUUGCCAUGCGGCGGCGGCAUCUGCUGGUGGUGCGCGGGCGCACUCGGUCCCUGGAGUGCAUGGGGUCCAGACAGGCACGCGAGUGGGCUGGCGCGCGCUCAGAGCACAGUGGGGAUGCGCAGGGCGGGCAGAGAGAGGGCGAUGAGAGGGGCACAGGCGGCGCCACAGGCAGCGGAGCAGCAGUGGCGGGCAGAGAGGGUGGUGGUGGGCAUGGUGGCGAGGAGAGCCGGCAGGUGAGCAGCAGCCGUGGGGUGGAGGUGCCCCGCCUGCCAUCGUGGAGCCCUCGCAGUGGCAGUGGGGCGCGCAUGGCAGGCAGUCCCCGCUCAGUGGGGGGCAUGGGGGGCAGAGCAGCAAGCAGCGAGCCCAGAAGCCCCCAUGCACAAGCAGGUGCGGUUCGUGGUGGUGGUGGUGGCAUGGACAGUGGUGGCGCGGAGGCGAGUGUGGCGAAGCUGAGUCGCGUGGUGGAGAGGGAGGACGAGGGGCUGAGUGAAGAUGACGCCCCCGCCGCCCGCACAGCGCAGCAGAGCAGGAGCGAGGCGCGAGUGCGGCGAGGCAGCGCUGGGCGGCUAUCGGUGGAGGGAGGCGUGGCGGAGCUGCAAGGGGCGCGUGCAGACGGUGACAGGGAGCAAGGCGGCGCUGGUGUGCAGAGAGAGCAGGGCGGCGCUGGUGUGCUGAGAGAGCAGGGCGGAGGGCAGGGUGUGGGGAGGGCGAGAGGAGAAGAGGAGCGGUUGGAAGGACUGAGUGCGAGUGAGGAGGACGGGAGAGAGGAGGUGGGACAGAGAGGCCGGAGCGGAUGGCAGGGUCCUCCCUUGUCAGUCGGUGCGAGUGGGUGGUCGACGGAGGCAGCAGCUGAGAUGCGCCCCAGCGUGAGCUUCAAGGAGAAUCUCUCUGCACGCCACGAUGAGGGCAGGGAACCCUUGCAGGCAGCGCAGGGCACUGCCAGCCCUGCCCCCUGUGAGGCACUCAGUCGUGGCGGUUCAAGCAGCGGUAGCGGAGAUGCAGCCAUGGCUGCUGCAGCGGAGGCGGUAUCAGGCAGCAGGGCAGGUGCAAGUGGGUCGUUGGGGCGGCAGAGGCAGCUGCGAGUGCAGCACCUCACCUUCCAGCUGCCUGAGGACACCUCCCCCGCGCACUCGCCCUCCACCCCCACCUUUGACUCGCGCCGCCCCUCCCUCAAGCCGCCUGCUCAUGCUCCUGCGCCCGCUGCCCCCUCCGCCAUCUCACCGCGGCCGCCUGUGUCCCCGCGGCGGCCUUACGGGGACGCGGGCGAGCCGAGCACCAUGGAGGCCAUCUACGCGCGCAUCCAGGCCCAAGCUGCCGCCUCCCGCCCUCUCGCCCCCACGCGCUCGCCCCCCACCACCGCUGCUGCAGGCGACGGCGCGCGCAGCUUGGCGCGCGGGAGAGAGCCGCCCGCCCUGGACGUGCCGUCCACACCGUCGUCCUCCGCACGCCGAUCUGCUGGAGGGGGGCUGCUGCGCCAGAAGUCAGGCGGGCUGGCGCUGCUGCAGCGGCAGGGCACGGGGGUGGGGCGGCAAGGCGGGGGCUUAGUGAGGCAGGGAACGGGGCUGGGGCGGCAAGCUAGCGUGAAGCUGAAGCAGAAGCCGGUGCGUGCGGCAAGCCCGCGGGCGGUGCUGUCGGUGACGGCGCUGAACAUCCUGCUGGCGGACGACAGCGUGGUGAACCAGAAGGUGGCGGUGCGCUUCCUCAAGAAGAAGGGCAUGGUGGCGGACGCCGUGGGCGAUGGCGCGCAGGCCAUCCAGCGCCUCUACCCCAAGGAUGGCGGCAUCUCCCCCUACGACCUCCUGCUGCUCGACGUGCAGAUGCCAGUGAUGGACGGGCUUCAAACAGUGCGGGUUAUUCGUGAGAAGGAAACGGCAGAGAAGCUUCCCCACCUUCCAGUCAUUGGGCUGACAGCGCAUGCGGCUGACGUGUACCGCGACCAGUGCAUCUCCGCCGGCAUGGACGGCUUCGUCUCCAAGAUGCACAGUGAUGCCUUCCUGGAUUUGCACAUGUAG